AUGUGCAUACAGGACAAAGACUUCAACAUCUGCGUCAAGGAAAAGAACAGUUCUAUCAGGGUAGACGGCUCACCUACAAAGCGCUCCCAGGGUUCUAAAAGCUCUCACCAAUGUGCUUGCUGUUUGUCCUUCUUCCCACAGUCGUCACGGGAGCACAUUAGCAGGUCAGUGCUUGAGCAAUUCCUCGCCUUCGCUAAAUAUCUCGACGGGCUCACGUUCGGGGCGCCACUGCUCAAACAGCUAUGUGACCACAUCCUGUUCAACGCUGCCAUCUGGAUCCACACCCCUGCCAAGAUCCAGCUGGCUCUCUACUCAUACCUCUCCUCCGAGUUCAUUGGCACGGCAACCAUCUACAACACCAUUCGACGAGGAGGCACGGUGCUCCAGCUAAUGCACACUCUCAAGUACUACUACUGGGCCAUCAACCCUGCAGACGGCAGCUGCAUCACCCCGAAGGGUUUAGAUGGUCCAAGGCCGACCCAGAAAGAAAUCAUCUCUCUGCGGGCGUUCAUGCUUCUCUUCCUCAAGCAACUCAUCUUGAAGGACCGAGGUGUGAAGGAGGACGAGCUGCAGAGCAUCCUCAACUAUUUGUUAACAAUGCAUGAGGAUGAGAACCUGCACGACGUGUUACAGCUGGUGGUCGCCCUCAUGUCGGAGCACCCCGCCUCCAUGAUCCCCGCUUUUGACCAGAGGAAUGGAAUACGGGUGAUCUAUAAACUCAUGGCCUCCAAGAGUGAAAGCAUUCAAGUGCAAUCCCUCAAAGUGCUGGCGUACUUCCUCAAGCAUUUGGGACACAAGAGGAAGGUGGAGAUCAUGCACACUCAGAGCCUCUUCACCCUGCUGGGAGAGAAGCUGCUGCUGCACAGCGGCGCCAUGACAGUGACCACCUACAACACGCUGUAUGAGAUUCUCACCGAGCAGGUGUGUACGCAGGUGGUCCACAAACCGCACCCCGAACCUGACUCCACUGUGAAGAUUCAGAAUCCGGUGAUCCUCAAAGUGAUAGCGACUCUAUUGAAGAACUCUGCCCCCGGCCCAGAGCUAAUGGAAAUCCGCCGCCUCUUUCUUUCCGACAUGAUCAAACUGUUUAGCAGCAGCCGAGAGAACAGACGAUGCCUGCUCCAGUGCUCCGUGUGGCAGGACUGGAUGUUUUCCCUGGCCUACAUCAACCCCAAAAACAGCGAGGAGCAGAAGAUCACAGAGAUGGUCUACAACAUUUUUCGGAUCCUACUGUACCACGCCAUCAAGCACGAGUGGGGGGGCUGGCGCGUGUGGGUGGACACCCUCUCCAUCGCCCACUCAAAGGUGACAUAUGAAGCCCACAAGGAGUACCUGGCAAAUAUGUAUGAGGAGUACCAGCGUCAGGAGGAGGAAAACAUCAAGAAAGGCAAGAAGGGUUUGGUCAGCACCAUCUCAGGUCUGUCUGCUCAGACCUCCGGCAUCAAAGGUGCGGUCGAGAUCGGAGAAAUAGAUCCAAACUCCCAGUCGCCGGGGAGCCAGGGGGACUACGACGGCGCGGACUCCCGUAACCUCCUGGCGGAAGGGCGUCGUCUCCAAAAUGCAGCAGACGGCGUCAGCGUGGAGGUCCAGCAUCUUCUGGUGGACAUCAAGGCAGAGAAGGUGGAGGCUACAGAAGUAAAGAUGGACGACAUGGACACUCCGGGAGGCUCCGAGAAUGGAGCGCUAAUGGAGGUGGACUCACUGCUGGAUAACGUUUACUGUGCCGCAGUGGGGAAGCUGAGCGGUGACCUCAGCGGUGUGUUGCUGCCAAAGAGCAGCGUAGACGAGCAGAGCGCACCUCCUCUCAUCACGCUGGACGAUGACAAAGACGGCGUCCCUCACAGCAACAACUUCUUGUUCUGCGAGGCCAACGUGGAAAAUGCUUUGCUGCCCGACUUGAAUCCAGCUCAACCCUCAGCGUCAUCCGCCCCGCAACCGCCGUCUUCCUCCAGUGCCAGCAGUGGACUGGGCCUUCUGGCUCACAUGACUGGAAGCUCCGACUUUGUGUCCUUACCCAGCAUUUUGGAAAAGGACGAGUUGGAACUCCAGGCAGCUUUGGAGGGCAUCGACCGUGUGGCCGCCGCUCAACUUAAGGCUCCGACCCCCCGCACAAGUCCAGAAGCGAGCCACGGAAGGGUUGUGGCGCCCUCUAAAGGUGACAUUGCAGCUGCUUGGAGCAGGAACGCGGUUCAUGUGAACGCCACAAACAACACCUCGGAUGAGGAUGGGAAGGAGAUGAAGAUUCUGACAACGGCGACCACACGGAGUCUAAGCGGCCGCCUAGCCGCUCCAGUGGACAGUGUGGACUUCAGGGGUGCGGCCAUGUCCGAGGACCAGCGGCGUCAGUUCAGCCCAGGCCCUCGCACCACCAUGUUCCGCAUCCCCGAGUUCAAAUGGUCGCCCUUGCACCAGAGACUGCUGGCCGACCUGCUGUUUGCCCUGGAGAGUGACGUCCAUGUGUGGAGGAGCCACUCCACCAAGUCCGUCAUGGACUUUGUCAACAGCAGCGAGAACAUCAUUUUUGUCCACAACACCAUCCACCUCAUCUCACAGAUGGUGGACAACAUCAUUAUCGCUUGCGGGGGAAUCCUCCCUCUGCUCUCAGCUGCCACCUCUCCUUCUGUGGAGAACAUAGAGGCCACGCAGGGCAUGUCCUCGGAGACCGCCAUCACUUUCUUGUCCCGUCUGAUGGUCAUGGUGGACGUGCUGGUCUUCUCCAGCUCGCUCAAUUUCAGCGAGAUCGAGGCAGAGAAAAACAUGUCUGCCGGCGGCCUGAUGCGUCAGUGCCUGAGACUCGUGUGCUGCAUGGCUGUGAAGAGCUGUCUGGAGUGCAGGCAGAGACACGCAGACUUGGGGAGAAAGAUGUCUGUUCCCAACAACAACAAAAGCCAGGAAUUGCUGCUGAAUGCCGUGACCCCCGGCAAGGACCCUGAUCGCCUCUUGCAGGACGUGGACAUCAACCGCCUGCGUGCUGUGGUGUUUCGUGACGUGGACGACAGUAAACAAGCUCAAUUUCUGGCUUUGGCUGUGGUCUACUUCAUCUCCGUCCUCAUGGUGUCCAAGUACCGAGACAUCCUGGAGCCGCAGCGUGAGACUGCCAGGACAGGCAGCACGCAUCGGGACAUCAACUCCCCUAUCGUCACAGAAAAUGGGGGAAUUUUCCCGACCGAGCGCAGCAAACGAUUGUCUGGGAAACAGCCGAUGACUGGUAGGCUAAAUCCGGCCCCGCUGACCUCAUCAUGGAGGCUUAAUGAACCACCACAGACCUUUACCAACAGCAGUGACCACUCUUCACCACCGGAGGAGCCGUUCCUCCGCCAAGCCGACUCGAAUAUCGCGGCGGAGCAGGUCGUCAGCGUCGUCAAUGGAUCCGAUGCGGGUUACGGCCCGAUGAGUGAGCUCCUCUCAGCCUUGGAGAAGAAGUCCCUGCAGGGUCUGUCCGAGCAGCCCGCCGUGGAGGUGAUAAAACACCCGCCGCCCUCCUCCGCCCAGCCUGUUAACAAGGGGCUCAACGUUAAGGAGAUUCUGAAGAGCCUGGUGGCGGCGCCUGUGGAGGGCGUGGAGGCCGGUCUUGAGCCGCUGUCCUGCCCGGACUCUGCCGCUAAGGCCCAGACCGUUCUGCCCAUGCAGUUCCACUCCUUUGACAGGAGCGUGGUGGUGCCGGUGAAGAAGACGUCCCACGGAGGCCUCGCUGUCAAUACAGUGGGUGGAAGUCCUUCCUCUGGCCUGGGGACCCCCAAUAUAUUCGCUGCUGCCUCUGUGACCCCCAAAAGCAUGAUCAACACCAUGGGAGCUGUCGACGCCGCCGCCGCCGCCUCCUCCACGCCCUCGUCCUCCGGUCUCGUCAAUGGCGCCACCAGUAAGAAUCUACCAGCUGUGCAGACCGUGGCGCCCAUGCCUGAAGACACGGUUGAAAACAUGAGUAUUACAUCAAAGCUGGAGAGGGCUUUGGAGAAGGUGGCACCGCUGCUGAGGGAGAUCUUUGUGGACUUUGCACCCUUCCUGUCACGCACCCUGCUGGGCAGCCACGGACAGGAGCUGCUGAUCGAAGGGCCUUAG